GUCUCCUCCCUACAUCCAUUUCACAGCUCGAUCUCGUUUCUGCACAAACAGCUGAUGCUUCAAUGAACAUGCGACUGAACUGCCUGCCUUUGGAUGAAGUUGGAGUUUUCUUUUUGCAGAACAAACACAAUGUGACCAUGUUGAAGCAGUGACUGUGGUGUCCUUGUCCGAUAUCGGAGUACUUUUAUUGAUCCAGGGAAGAGGGGCGUGAGAAUGGGGAAACAUCAGUCAAAGCAUGCGUGCAAGCGCAGAGAAAACCCUGAAGGAGACAGUUUUGUCGUGAACGCCUUCCUCCGGAGAGGGAUGGAGGAAUGUGAACGGUACAGCGCGACGGACCACAAGCUGAAGAACAUGCAGGGGUUUCCAAAAGGUGAGCUGAAGGAAAGACAAUUCACAGAUCAACACUGUCCCCUAGAGGUGGUUCUUCCUCCAGAGAAGGCUGAGGGCUGUGAAAGCUACCUGCAGUAUCUGCACUCAGAGGAUGGAGUGCGGGAGAUACUUCGAGAUUCAACCAAAGCUCCCGGGAAAAAACGCAUCAGUCUGGAUGACUUGGAGUGUGACGUUUCUGUGGAGGAUGGCAACCGUCAGGAGUGGAUCUUCACGCUUUAUGACUUUGACAACAGUGGGAAAGUUACAAAAGAUGACAUGUCGAGUCUGAUGCACACCAUCUACGAUGUGGUGGACGCCUCUGUGAAUCACUCCUGCCAUAAUAAGAGCAAAACACUACGUGUCAAGCUGACUGUCACUCCAGAGCCCAAAUGCAAUAGAAGAGAAACAGGAACAGAUCGCUGUCACCAAGAAGAGGGACGUUCAGCUGACAAGCGACUGUCCUCUUACGUUAGCAAAGGGCAGAGCAAUGAGGCGCCGGCCACAGAGGGUCAGCAUUACUGUGUGGACGAGAACACAGAGAGGAGGAAUCACUACCUGGACCUCGCUGGCAUUGAGAACUAUACCUCCAGAUUUGAAGGAACCACCCCUGCCUACCCUCCACAGGAGGCUCAUGUUCGAAGCUCCCAGAGCCAGAGUCGCUCACGCUCCCAAGAACCACAAAUCCAAGUUGUUCACCAGCGCCGCUCACAGGUCAUCAGCGAUAGUUACAAUCCUACUGAGUCUCGAAGCAAGGGCACACAGUUUGUCAAAUCUCCCAAAGGAACCUACAAGGGAGGCGGAGGGAACAACGGGGGAAGUGGAGUCGGAAAAUCCACUAAAUGUCACGGCCACCACCCGCCUCUGCAAAGCAUGCCGCACACUGGCAGCGCAGCAGGCCACGGGGGUCAGGAUGUGUACCACUUGCCACACCAAGCCCAAUCCUCUAGCCACCACCAGCACCCUUUGCAAUACAGCCACAGCAAACGCCUUAGGGCAAAAGCCAGAGAGGCCAUGUCUCCAUCCAGAACCCCGGUGUCCCCUCAGUCCCACCCCCAGCAUGUCCCACCCCCCUCUGUACUGGAGAGGGAGCAGGCGUCUGGCCCACCUGGGAGCCCGGGGUUUGUGGUUCCUAUGGUUCAGCGUCAUGAGCACCACCACCACCACGAACACCACCACCACCACCACUACCACCAUUACCAUCAGACAUGACCGCCUUUAGUGUGCAGUGACUGAAACUGUUCAGGACCAACCACAACCAACCACACCAGUCUGAAGGACUUAACGUCAUCCCACGGCAGUGUCUCACGCUCUGUCCAGGAUCUUUUUACUCUUCUCUUGCAAGCUAUACAGAUAUAUCCUGAGAUUAGAUGUACUGGGGUAUCGUGUACUGCGAUGGCUGAUGAUAUUGGACCGGUAGGAUGUUUUUCACUGAGGUUAUUAUGUAAUAACAGAAGACUUGUGGCACAGAUUUUGAAGUUUUUGUAGAUGUUCUGCUGGGACUGCUGUGAUCGUUACCCAUGUUCAUUAAGGGUACAGAUGCCGAAAGGAACAGAUCAGAGGACUUUUGAUGUGACAUCCUUUCCCUCCUGAUACUGUGGGUUGAAGUCCUUGGAAGCUAUAUGUCAGAGUAGCUGUGUUGUUCUGUGUGAGACCUUUCCGAAACAUGGAUCUCAGGUGUAAAGGUGCUGCUGCUCUUGAGCUUUCCACAGAGGCUUUUACCCUCAGAAGGCCUGUUGUGGACUGAGGGGUUUCCUGUUUGGGAUGGGGGGAGGGGGGAGGGGGAUGAAAUCACCACUGCCAGUUUUAAUGCAAAAAUAUCUUGCUAUAUGUAUAAAAAAAUCUAUAUAUGUAAACAUAUUUUACUGUAUAAUUAUUAUACUGUAUAUGCAUAUGUCAUCAUGGAUAUAAUUAUGCAUAUAUGUAUUUUGUCUUUUAUAUAUUUUAAUAAACGUUAUAUAAGUUCAUUUA